AUGGUGGUGCUAAUUUAUUUGCUUGAUUUAGUCAUAUUAGCGUUUGCAUAUUCUAACGAGUCUGUAUUUCUAUUAAAAAAUAAUCAUUCUCUCGAUUAUCAAAGUGAUCCCUUAUCAGAAUGUGUUGCUAAAAUAGUCGAUAGUAACUUUGAAUGUGGCACUCAGUUGACUUAUGUCUGUGAUAGAAAUACCUGCCCAUAUCUACCGAAUAACAACAGAAAUUGCUACCCUUCUUUAACCAGAGAUUUUGAAACUAAAUUUUGGUUGCUCAAAACUGAUGUCCAUAUCAUCAUUAUAGAACACGCACGAGAAGUAUUAUUCCACUUAACGUCGAUGAAAAAAGAUUCCUUUUGGGAUGCUGGAGCAAAAUUUAUUUUAGUCGUCUUUGAAUGCGAUGAUCCUGAACUUCACCACAUAUUUUUACUACUAAGCAAACUAUAUAUUUACAACAUCGUUGUUGUCUCAGUGUUCCAUAAUAAUGACACAAGGAUCAAAUUAUUUACAUAUAAUCCCUUCUAUAAAGAUGUUUGUGGAAAGAAUUUCUCUAACUUACUAGAUUUAGAAGACUGCAACGAUAUCGAAAAUAAGAAGUUGUUCUUUAAUAAAGUUCCAAAUUACUUCACUAAAUGUUCGUUCGAGGUGGCAGCAAUGCAAGAAAUACCGCACAUUAUAAAACCAAACAAUAAAAUGUUUCGUGUCGAGGGAGAAUAUCUGGAAGGUUUAGAAGAAUAUAUGCUGAAAAUUAUGGCCAGAAUUGAACGUAUCGAUUUGAAAUUUCAUUACUAUACAAAUAUUUCCAGUGGUUUCGUAUUACCUAAUCUUACAAGUACAGGUCUACUUAGACAGUUGGAACAAGGCAAAACAGAUAUCGUAAUUGGAGGCUACUUUUUAAUGGAAAAUCGCGCAGAUUUGUACGACUACAUCUGGGGAUACAGCUAUGCAAAAGUUUUAGUGAUUACUCCGGUUCCAAGAGACGUGAUAUGGAUAAAAAUAAUUUUUCGUGGAUUCAGUACUAUCACCUGGAUAUUAGCUUUUUCUACAUACCUCAUUGUGUUUGGUCUCAUUAAUUGCAUUAUUUCUAAGUAUAAUUUAAAGACAAGAUCCGGAUUUAUUUUAGCAAUUAAAUUGGGUGACUACUUUUUCGGGCAUGCUGAUAAAAUAUUGGUUAAAAUAAAACAACUUAGGUUUAUUCUUAUAGUUUGGAUACUGUUCACAUUCUAUAUCAAUAAUUUUUACUCUACUGCAUUGUUUAGUCUAAUAACAUCGGAUUAUAAGGAAACAGUUACUUUUGAUCCACGGAACUUGCAAACAAUACCUUAUGAGCCGUGUAUCAUUGAUGAGAGUAAAAGCUUUUUUUUAUACGUGUUCAAUAUAAAAUUACCAGAGAAAACAAAACCUGAGUGUGAAGACCUUGGACUGGCUCUUGAUAGUGUUGCAAGAAGUCAACAAAUGUAUACACUUGAGAUGGAUUACAGUUUUUUACUGAGAGCAUACAAAUACUUUGACCACGAUGGCCGCUCAUUGCUAAACCACUAUACAUUUACAAAUGUAAUAUUAAAUUUUUACGUGAACAGAGGAUUUCCAUUAAAGAAGAAAUUAAUAAAGCACACCAGUCACAUUUUUGAAUCAGGAUUAAUUCAAUAUCAAAUGAAAAUGUUAUGUCUCAGAAAAAACUGCAAUUACGUUGUCGAGAUGUGGGGCGGUGUGUCUGCCGAGAUAAUCCCCAUAGUUGUGUCCACCAAUGGGCUGGUUCCUACCUCCUUAAAACAAUAUUUAAGGAGGCUGGAUUUACCGGUGAAGCCCAUGACAGUGGGGAUACAGCGGGCAGUCCUGCUGGACAACGCUCGGAUAGUCCGUAGGUUCCUCACUCAGUCACCCUAG